AAGAAACAGACCAAGUCGGUAGCUUUAUAAAUCCAUGCUUAACGCGGCGCCACACGUUCAAAGACUUUAUUCGAAAGCAUCAUAGUGUUUCCCCAUCUACAAACCACAUAUGUUCUCGGAUAAUUAUUUAAAACAAUACUCAGAAAUGAGUGUUAUAGUUAAAUGUUGGCCACACUUAUUCGAGCCAUACUUUGGCAGCAAUAAAAAGCAUCUCUUGCAAUGGACAACAAAGUCAUAUUUGCAAACACAAUCAAGUCUGAUGGGUUUUCGGUUGACUUUGCGUUCAGCAAAAGAACAACAAGCGAUACCUCUUCUAAAACAAACAUCGAUUUAGAGCUUGAAGACUUUGAUUUGGAAGAAGUAAAUCGAAAUUAUCAACCGAUGUUCCUAAACCCUGGGAGAAAGAGCGUGUUUACUGCUGCAAUUGGCUUGGAUAAAACCAAACAUCAAAUAAGAUGUUGCUCCACAGCCGAAUAUUACCACAUGACGGGAUCAACCAAGCACCUUAAAAAGUUAGAAAAACUUAAGGUUGAAAAGGGUAUAAAAUAAAUUGAAACUAAUAUCCCUUCUCCUAAAACAUCUGAACGUACUGCAUAUCUCGUCUACAUUGACUACAUUUGUAUUCAUGUUGAUGCCUUAUUCGCAUUCUAUGAUUACAAAACAGCAAAAGUUUGCUUCUACUUGUAUCAAGGCAAGCAAAGAGCAGCAGAAGAAAUGGUGAACAUGCUUGUUCAUGGAGACACCAAGCGCAAUAAGCAGAAAUAAGAAAAGGCAAAAGCUAACGGAAAAUUCAAAAGAAAAAGAGAAAGAAGUUGCCAAAAAAAAAAAAAAAAAAAAA